CGCGAAUCGCACGGCGCGCGCCUAUUCGCGAUAAAUAAAAAAUAAAAAAAUACGAAAAAUGUAUAAAAAGUUGACAACAAAUUGUCACAACUCAGUUGUCGGGGGCUCGUGUGCGUGUGUGCUUGUGGAUUUGUAGAUUCAAAUUUAGAGCUUUCUUUAUUUGAGUGCGUGUGAAAAUGAAGGCGUUUAUUGUUAUUAUUUGUUUUAUAGGUUUAAGUUAUGAAGCUGAAUGGAGUUAUGAAGGUGAGUAUCAAUGGCCCGGAAAAUGCAGCUCUGGCACCCUACAGUCUCCUAUCGACAUCUCGACUAAAGACGCGGUGGUAGAUCGGCAAGGAGAUCACAUUCAAGGCCCUUUGGUCUUCCGCGGCUACCAACAAGUCACGGCCACGGCACUCAACAAUGGACAUACCUUAAAAUGGUCCGCAGUUCCUGGUACUCCAGCCCCCGUGUUGUCAGGGGGACCUCUAAAAGGGAACUACACAUUUCUUCAGUUCCACCUACAUUGGCUGUCGGAACACGCUAUUGAUGGUUUCAAGUACCCCUUGGAGAUCCACAUGGUACAUAUCAAAACUGGGCUAAAAUUGGAGGAGGCUCUGAAGCGCCCUGAUGGGCUCAGUGUAGUAGGAGUGCUUUGCGUGUUGAAGAGUGGCCCAGCAGCAGAACACGCCCUUGCUCAAAUCAUUCCUACUCUACCCGAGCUAACCUACCGCAUGGAUCCGGACAACCAAACCAUGGCUCAAAUCCUUGAUUUAUCCCGCAUGCUGAGCCCGGAGCCGCAGUCGUUCUACACGUACCACGGCUCCCUGACCACGCCCCAGUGCGAGGAAGCCGUCACUUGGAUCGUGAUGGACAAGCCACUUGUCAUCUCUGAUAAUCAGUACAAACUGUUCAGCAAGAUCGAUAUCGGAGGGAACACCUUCAACUAUCGCGCCCUACGUCCCGCCAACCGCAAAGUGUACCGAUCCGUGGCCUCCUGUGCCUCCAUCGCCUCUCCGACCUUCAUCGGCUUCCUCUUUUCAAUAAUCAUGUGUGCCAAGUCCAUCCUCACUACCACCCUGGUCAAAGGCAUCUGUAUCAUCACCAAUAUGAAGAGAAAAUUCAUUGGAACUAGCAUUAAGGAUUGCAAUAAGCUCGGCUGACUUGAUAGAGAUUUGAUUAGCUUUUGUUUCGCUUCCUUAUUCACUUCUUUAUUGAUUUCUAUGGUCAAGGAAAUGUGUAGUAAUAAAGAGACAGUGUUCUUAUUGAUUACAAAUUUAAAUAAGCUCGUACGAUUUAACUAAAUUAACUUUAGUACCGUACGUAUGUUUGAAGUUUGUGGUGAAUCUGCGGCUAUAUAUGUGUAACAUACAUGUCAUAUUACAAUAUGAGAAGACAUUUUUUAGUUUAAUGUUUAAUGUACAGACAUGUAUAAAAACACUUAAUGCUAAGUAGCAAAAUAUGUGUCCAUUACUGAGAAAAAAUGUAAUAUAAUUAUUAUCACUAAUAUAAAGACGAGGUUUUUUGAAGCAAAUAAAGAGCUUCAAUAAGCUUGGCCGAUUUUAAGUGUUUGCCCAAUUUUCCUUUCAAGAAGGUGAGAAUUGAAGCUUAUGGGAUGGUAGACGAUAUUAUUGAAAAUAUAAAAAUAAAAUAUCAUUUUUGUAAUCUUCAGACUUCAACUAAUCCAAAGUAUUGUAAUUAUCCUAUUAAGUAUUGUAAAUAUACGUAUAGUAAUAAAGAUUGACAAUUAGCCUAAUCCGCCUGACGUCAUAUAUGAGAUCAAUAAAAAUAAUGUAUGACCGACCAAUCGGACCAACAUUGUCAGAUCCGCUCAUAAAAUAAUUAUGAUAUAAGUCGUUAAAUAAUAGCUCACUGUAAUUGAAGAUACAUAGAUGCACCUCUACUGCACCUACACAGCAAUACUGGAUGAUGAUUAUGACAGUUUUUUUUUCUAUAAAACUAUUGACUGUCACGGGUUCCAGUAUUUUUGACUUAGAAUCACUAGGUACUAUUUUAUACUUUAAUCAUGGUUGUAAAUCCAUAAUAAUGUAUGGAUUUUUUAGUUUUCCACUAAGUAAGUCACGCACACACGACGAGUAAUUGUGCAUUACCACAAUGUGACGUAAUAAAACUGACAUUUUGGAACAACACUUUUAAUGGCAAGAUGAAGAUUGCUAUCGAUUUCUAAAAAACCCAAAAUACAGGGAUCUAAACAAUAAUAUGGGUGAAAUAAAACAGCCACACGCCACACCACUGAAUUGUAUAUGGCAGUUGAUCUUUUACGACACUUGCGAGAGCUAAUAAGGAAUAGAAUCCAUCAUAAAUUAUCUUUCAAAAAUGUAAGGCAGGUACCCCUUGAUUUGCAAGCGUUCAUAGAUUACGGUGACCGCUUUCCAUUCGUGGUCAUUGCGUGGGCCGUAUACUUAUUUGCCACCGACGUUGUAUAACAAAAAAAAAAUAGUAAAUAUAAAAAACGCGUAUAAAAAUUAAGGUUAUACAUAGGUACAUAUCUAGAGAGUCGUAAUAAAAUAUCGUAAUAAAUAUAAUAUCAUCAACAUUACUGUCACGCUCGUUUAUCGUAACUUUUUAAUAUUUUUACUUUUGUUUUACAGAUAGUAUAUUUUUAUUAUAUCCGCGUUGAAAUCACGCGUUGCACGCAUGUACCAUGACAUUGCAUAUAUGACAUGAAUAUAAUAUAAGAUUAAGCUGCAUUAUAUUCUUCAAUAAAUUAGGUUCAAUCUAUAUCUCAACAUCUAAUGAUGUAGCUACUGAUGUCUGGAGAUAAAAAUAAUCUAUUUCUUUUUUUGCCGAACUGUGAAAAUUAUUUAUGAAUAAUAAUUAAGUUGUAAAUUAGAUUGGCUGUGACUAUAUUGUAUAAAUUAUUAUUUUAAUGUGAGUAAGUAGGUAUAUUUAUUGCUGAAUUGUUUUGUGUUUUAAUCAGUUUACAGACUCAGUAAUUCAAAUAUGCAAGCAAAAAUUGCAACCUGUUUGGAUUCUAGACGUCGCAUAGUAAAAGUAUAUAUUUUUAUAUAUUUACAUUGCUCAAUAAAAAAAAGAUUAACGGAAGCGCAGUUUAAAUAUCAACAGUUGCUGGUGACAUGAUUUCUUUAGUUGCAUUUAACUUUUUUUCAAUGACUGAAAACGAAUAAUGGCAAAUAGUGCCAUAGAAUUGUAUAACAACAGAUUAUGUAGGUAGAUAUCUUAUUUUAUUUGAGCAACCCAGUAAGUUCUGUCAGUGUUAUAUUUUAAGUUAAUUGUAUUUAAAGUUUUUUUUUAAUGUUGUUCUAGUAAUGUUGCUGGAAUUGGCAAAUAGUACAAUAUUUUAUUCAUAAGAUUGUGUUAUGUCCUAGGUUGUUAAGUAACCAGUCAAUAAAUAAUAAUAUGAACAUA